AUGGAUUCAACAGAUUUAUUUGAUAAUCAAAAUAUUAGAGAAGUUAGUAGGGGUCGUAAAGAAUCACAUGUCUGGGAUCAUUAUUUUAAAGAACCAUUGGGUAGUGUGCAUUACACAGCUAGAUGUCAUUACUGUAAUCAAAACUGGUCUAGAGGAAAACCAGAAAUUUUGAAGUCACAUUUAGCAUUGUAUUGUAAAGAUGUUCCACUAUAUAUUAAAACAGAAUAUAUGGAAAUGCUGGCUGUUGGAACUACAUCUACUAUGAAUAGAAAACAAAAAACAGAUUCUGAUUCAUCAGCUGAGCUUACUGUGGAUAGAAAAGAUAAAAUUGAUCAAGCACUUAUACGAUUUUUUAUUUGCUGUGGAAUACCAUUCUCAACCGUUGGUCAUCCUUAUUUUAUUGAUUUUGUUCAAAGUCUCUGUUUUGCUUAUGGUCCUCCUAAAAGAACAACCCUAUCAACAACUUUCUUAAAUCAUGAAACUGCUAUAAUUUUAAAUAAAAUCAAAGAAGAACUCAAAUAUGAAAAAAAUUUAACAUUAGGAAGAUCUAUUUAUGCAUUUAUAAUAAUUACCCCAAGUAAAAGGCAAUAUAUUCAUACUUUGAAAGAUACAUCAAUGGAUUCUCAUACUGGAACUUUUAAUGCUACUGAAAUUGAAAAAGUUUUGACUUCAAUUGGCCUAGAAAAAUUUGCAGCUGUAGUAUCAGAUGCUGAAUCAGCAAUGCAAAUGGCGAGAAGACUAAUUACUGAAAAUGAUAUUAUUAAAUUGGAUUUUGCAAUAAACACAUUAAAAAAAUGCCAAUCUAUUAUAACUUUUUUUAAAACAUCAUAUCGUGCAGGUGCAAAUUUCCAAAAAGAUAUUAUUCAAACUUUAACAGAAGGAGGUGGCCUUAAGACAUCAGUUUUUGAAACUCAAACUGAAAUUUUUAUUAAUGCAAUAGCAAUAAAAAAUCUUCUUCUAAAUCGCCAGUUUUUUCAAGAUGUUGAACAACUUCAUACAAUUCUUGCACCUGCUAAAAAAGCAAUUCAAGCUGUUGAAGCUAAUUCGAGUAAUAUGGCAUCAAUUUUUUUGCAAUUAAUUCAGAUGGCAGUUGAAAUUAAAAAGAUUUCAAAUUAUUUUGAUCCAAAUUUCAAAAAGAAUUGUAUUAACAUAUUUAAUAAACGUUGGGCACAGUUUGAUACUGAUACAUAUCUUGUUGCCUUUUUCCUCCAUCCAAGAUAUAGAGACAAGAAAUUUCAAGACAGUACAUUUCGUCAAAUGGCAUUAACUGCUAUGAAAAUUUGGUCAAAAUUUGGUAGUGAUAAAAGAAGUUGCAAAAUUUUGCUAUCACAACUUCGAUCAUAUGGUGAUAAUGAACCACCUUAUGAUAUGGAAUAUACUGAUGAAUAUGAUACGCCUGAACUUUGGUGGUCAACUUGUCGACAGCCAAAUAAUUAUAUUCAAAAAUUAGCUUUAAAGUUAUUUGCUAUUACUCCUCAUCAAGCUGCAUGUGAACGAGCCUUUUCAGUAUUAAAUUGGAUGAUAGGAAAGCGGAGAACAAGGUUAGAUAUUGAUCGCCUCCAAUCCAUGGUUCAAAUGCACUCCUACUAUAUUACAAAUGCAAAAUCAGAGUUAAAAUUUUCUAGUAGUGAUUUAAGUGAAAAUGAGCUUGAAACUGCAUUACAAGAAAUUACUACAGCUAUGAUUAAUAAUGAUGAUAUUUUCAUUGAUGAUGAUGAUAUUGUUUUGGAUGAUGAAAGUAUUGAUUUGAAUGAUGAUGAUGCUAAUACUAAUGAUUUGAUUAUGGAAAAUAUCAUGAAUUUAGAUAGUUUUAACGAACAAAAUGAUGAUAAUUCGAAUUCAAAUAUUUCGGACCAACAACCUGAUGAAUCUAUAAAUUAUGAGGAUUCAAAUAUUGAUUUUGAAGCAAUAUUUGAUUAAGAAUCGGAAACAGAUUAGUAAAC